GAAGAUCUUACUUCCACAUGGAAUAGUUCUGUUCCCAUAGACGAUGUCCCAUAUGCAAAGGAUGAAAAAGAUGUCACGGAAGAGCAAAUUCAAGCAGAUGAAACGCCAGUCUCAAAAUCGGAAGCGUUGCGAAAGAAGAUUGAAACUGAUAUACCCCUUUCAUCUGGCGAGGCUAAAACAACCGAACGCGCAUCGCCAACUAUAGAUGGAGGAAAGGCAACGAUGAAGGAUUCUCCUUUCACGCCUUCGAUAGAGCGUGUGGAUCCGGCUGAGAAGCCUAUCAUUUCUUUUGAUGCGGACGACAAUCCUGAUGGUUUUGACGGCGAUCAAUUUGAUCGACCGAAGGUUUACACGACGACGCGCGAAAUGGUAUUUUGCACCAAGACGUUCGAUGGAGAAGAUCUAUCAGAACCAUCUACAGAUGAUGACAUUGCUGGAGUUUUUAUGCGCUCUGCAGAUCGCGAGACAACUAUCGAAAAGAAACUAAGCAUCAAUGGCUGUGAGCAGCCGGCUGAAAUCAAGUCAAAGGUCUUUCGCAACUCCUUCCCAGGAUUCUGUCAAUCAGAUGGCUAA